AUGCGCCGAACUCUCGAAAAGGCUGAUAUCACCUACGCAGACAAUCAGUACUACACGCCCAACAACCCCGCCGACGACUCCAGCCCAUUCACCGUCAACAACCGCACGCUGAAAUACAAGAUCCACUGCUACGAGAACGUCCCUGACAGCAUGUCGUUCAACAACCCGCAGAUCACGAAGCUCGGGCAGCUUAAAGGCCUGCGCAAUCUACAGGAGUGUAUCAAGGCGUGCGCGACGCUUAACUAUGUCUGUCAUUGCUAA